AUGGAUGUGACGUGGAUACUUCUGAUUAUCGUUCUCUACCUUCUCGCCGUUGUAACAUUCCACAUGUACGUUCGGUAUCUAUCGGCUCAACGACACAACUUCGAUCCGAAGUAUCUACCUGUGAUAGUCGAACCAUGGUAUUGUCCAUUUUUAGGUCCUGCUCUCGCUCUGAUGGACUUAGAAUCGGCCGUCAAUAGGUGGCGUGCGAGGUUCGGUGAGAAUUUCACCGUUUUUAUCCUGGGAAAAUUCGUAACAGUCCUAACAAAAUAUUCAGAUCUGAAAACAUAUUAUCAUGCCCCCGAAGAAGCACUCAGUCUGGGACAGGCCGCACUUGUUUUGCUCGGAUCAGCAUUUCCAGAGAGUCACUUUAUCAAAGAUCACAAUUCGGUUCCACACAUACAACGAAUUUUAACACCACGUUUCUUGCGACAAACGGCUAUAAAUAUUGAUCAAGUUAUCGAUGAUUAUUUCAAUCUCAAGAAUGGUCAAUUCUGGGAGGAAUAUGGUAAUGGCGCUGUUGUUGAUAUAUUCGACUUUGUUUAUCGAUUCGUACUGCGCACCAACUCAGCUAGCUUCACAUCACAUCGGAUCUAUAAAAAUCACGUCACCGAAAUAAUUGAUCUCUUCACCACACUAGAUGCUGAUAAAUCUUUUAUUAAUCCCUUUACACAUGGAAUUAAGACAAGAUUAGGAAUUCGCAGCGAAAGAGAUAUCGCCUGGGAAAAAUGGGUGAACCUUUUCGUGCCCGAGAUUGAACAUUGCGUCAAAAUGAUCGAAGAUAAUAUUCAACCGAAGGGCAUUGAUUUCAUGUACGAUACUGUCAAAUAUGCGAUAGAAGACAUGCAACGACAUGGUAAAACACUGACACCUCGAUAUAUUGCCUUUCUUAUUUAUGGCAUUUUUUUCCCGGCUCAACUUAAUACCUACACAACCCUGGCAUAUGUGUUACUCGAAUGGAUUCGUCAUGGCCACGAUGAAAUAGGUCAUAAACUUCAAGAAGAAAUCGAUAGUGCCCCGCCGCCAGGAGAACUCACAAUUGAUUAUUUGAAUUCAUUAGAAUACAUUCAAGCAUGUAUUUAUGAAGUUAUCCGCACGCAUACUGAAUUUCCCAUCGCUUUUCGAUAUGCUGCUGCGGACGUUCAACUCGCCGAUGGAAAAUUCGUUCCAACUGGAAAUUUAGUUAUCACUCCUGUUACUCGUGCUCAUGAAUUAUAUGUCGAUCCUUAUAGAUUUGAUCCCGAUCGUCAUUUGAAACCAAGAGAAGAGAUGAAGGCCGAUCCAUAUAAAGCAUUACCCUUCGGACGGGGUAAACAUCCGUGUUCGGGAGAAAAAUAUGUGAAAAUGCAGAUUAGAGUAGUUCUUAUUCGAUUGGCAAAAUUAUGUACAAUGGAAAUCAUGCCAGAGUCAAUUGAUUAUGAAAAAAUAGUCAACAAGAAACAACUGGUUGGGCUAAGUCGGCCAACAAAACCAGUAUUUGUUCGAAUAACCAAACAAUGCUAA